CCGCCUCCUGUCGUCGUUGAGUGGCACAAACGAAGGAUACCAAGUACAACACAGCACAACACAGCACACAGUAAACGACCGCCACCAUGAUGCAGCGCAACUUUGGCGGUGGUGGCGGCGGCGGCUUCGGCCAACAAAAACCCGCGUUUGGAGGCGGCGGCGCCUUUGGACAACAACAAAACAAGUUUGGUGCCACUUCAGCUUUUGGCGGUACCGGUGGCGGAACCGCGUUUGGAGGCGGCGGCUUUGGCAAGCAGCAGAGCUCUUUUGGCGGCGGCGCAUCAAGCCAGUUUGGCAGCGCCAUGCGUUCAUCAGCGGGCAUGUCAGCCGGCUUUGGCUCGCAAUUUGGUGGCGGUCAGCAGCAGCAACAGGCAGGCGCCAGCAGUACAUUGCAAGGACCCGCCUAUUCUCCACACACGACCACCCUGGGCAAAACCCCAACCCAAUACACAAACAUCACUGCCAUGUCUGCCUACUCUCAAAUGAGCCCUGAGGAGCUCCGACUUAACGAUUACCUGAUCAACAAUGGACAACCGCCUCGUGCGGGGCCCCAGUCUGCCGGCACAGGUUUCGGGCAGCAGAAGCCUGCCGGGCAGUUUGGGCAGCCAGGGUCGGCGUUUGGCGGCGGCGCAGGAUCGCAGUUUGGCCAGCAGAAGGCGUUCACCUCCCAGUUUGGCUCCAGCUUCCAGCAACAGCAGCAGAAGCCUGGCGGCAUGUUUGGACAAACCACCCAGAGCCAAUGGGGCGCAAGCAAGUUUGGCGCUGCUGGUGGCGGCAGCCAAUUUGGCCAGAAGACGGGCGCGUUUGGUGGUGGUGGCGGCGGCGGCAUGUUUGGCGGGCAGCAGCAGCAACAGCAGCAGCGGUUUGGACAGACGGGUGCAUUUGGCCAGCAAGGCAUGGGCGCCUUUGGCCAGAAGCCACAGCAAGCAGGCGCCUUUGGCCAGAAGACAGGCUUUGGACAGCAAGCAGGUGCUUUCGGACAGCAGAAACCCGCCUUUGGCCAGCAGCAGCAAGGUGCAUUUGGACAGAAGACCGGGUUUGGCCAGACGUCUCAAUUUGGCCAGACAUCCCAGUUUGGCCAGUCCCAAGCAGGCGCAUUUGGCCAGAAGCCGGGCUUUGGUCAGCAAGCAGGCGCUUUCGGACAGCAGAAGCCCGCCUUUGGUCAGCAGCAACAAGGCGGCAGCCCCUUUGGCCAGAAGACCGGGUUCGGUCAGACGUCGCAGUUUGGGCAGACGUCGCAGUUUGGUCAGACGCAGGCCGGCAGCCCCUUUGGCCAGAAGACAGGCUUUGGGCAGCAGCCCACCACGAGCGCGUUUGGCGGUGGCGGUGCAUUUGGGCAACAGAAGCCCGGCAUGGGCAUGGGCAUGGGCAUGGGCACGUCGCAGGCGUCGGCGUUUGGCGCAAAGCAGCCGUUUGGGCAGACCUCGCAGUUUGGGGCCAAGCCCAGCCCCUUUGGCGGCGGCACCACCAAGGCGCCCUUUGGCCAGCAGCAGGGCGCCUCUCCCUUUGGGGGCGGUAUGCAGCAGCAGCAGCAACAACAACGGCCUGGCAUGGGCAUGGGCAUGGGCAUGGGCAUGGGCAUGGGGGCAUCCCCCUUUGGCGGCGGCAUGCAGCAGCAGCAGCAGCAGCAGGGCUUUGGCGGGCAGGGCGCCUUCCAGAAACCAGCUACCAUGGGCUCUGCGUUCACGCCCAUGAGCAUGGGACAGCAGCAGCAACAGCAGGCACAGAUGAUGCAGCAGCCGCAGGCCGCGUUUCCCAUGAUGAUGCCGGCGCCCAUGGUGGCUGUGCCGCAGCCCGCCGUGAUGGCUGGCGUCCCCGAGGCCGUCUACCCGGGCACCCCAUAUGGCGACCGCGCCCUCUUCCGCGGCAUCAACGUCAAGGACUCUGCUGCCCGAGCAAAGGACAAGAAGGAGCUCAAGCAGACGCCCCAGGCCGCCCGCGUUCGCGGCCUGCAGAGCGCACAGCGCCGUCAGUUCUCCCCUCGCCUCUCCCAGUACCACGCACUCCUGGAUGCUGAUACGGUGAGCAAGGAAGUGCCUGAUUUGAUUGCGCCACCCACGCGCCGCCUGGCCAUGAACAUGCACGACUACUCGCGUGUCCACGAAAACCCGCUCCUCAAGUCAACCGCAUCUGCCGCAGACUCUUCAAAGGUUCGGUUGAACGAGACGGCUGUGGACGCCUCCACGACUGCGCAGUUCCUGAGCGACCUCGACGCAACGGCCACAGCUGCCGCUGACUCAGCAACGCAGAAGCAGAACCAGCAGCCCAAGCAGGGUGCCACAGCGGCAGACAGGGCAAAAGGGACCAGCUCAUCUGCGGACGCUGGUGCUUCGCGGGGCUCUGACAAGGCCGCUGCUGCGGAUGUUAGCAUGAUGUCUGUGCGCAAGGGCCCGCUCUCGCGCCCCACGCCGCCGACGCCGCCCAACUUUGACGUGACGACGCCCGGCCACCCGCUUAUUGGUGCGCAUGCCGCCGCGUCCACGCCCGUGUCGCGUGCGCAGGGCGGCAGCACCCGGCGGACGGCGCUCGGCGAUACCGACCACGCCGCCGGCGCUGAGGCGUCCGAUGACUCCAACACGUCCACGUCCUCUGCUGAUCUGAACAAGCCGGCAGACCCGCUCGACUUCUCUGUUGGCGAGCACACGAUUGUGUCGUUCAACGUGCCCGGUCACGGUCGCUGCGAGUGCACGUGUGCCGAGGACUUUGCCCGCUUCACGCUGGGCGAGCUGAGCCAGGCCAGCGAGAUUGAGGUGAAGCACGACACGCACGGCAGCGUGCGCUGGUUCAACACCGUCGACCUCUCUGGCGGCUACGACUUUGCCGUCUUUGUCAGGUUUUCUGACAAGGCUGUGGAGGUGUACCCUGCCUCUGAGCAGUAUCACCCGGAGCAGGGGGAGGAGCUUAACUCCCGUGCCAUCAUCACCCUCAACAACGUCUUCAAGCGCGACUCUCAGGGAAACAUCGUCACCGACCCAGACAAAAUUGCAGAGUACAAGCGCAAGGUGAAACUUCGCACAGAGCGUGCAGGCGCACGCCUCAUCAAGUACGACGCCGAGCGCGGCAUCUGGCAGUUUGAAGUGCAGCAUUUCAGCAAGUAUGGCAUGGAUGAUGACUCGGACACAGAAGAUGAAGCCGAGGCGUUGAAGGCCGCCAAGCUCAAGCAGCAACAGCUAAUGAUGCAGCGGCAGCAACAGCAACAGCAACAGCAGAAGCAGAAGCAGCGCGAUGGACUCAAGGGCACAGCGCAGAAGAAGCCGCCGGCAUCAUCGACGAGCCGGUACAGCAUGGACCUCGAGGACGAAAAUGACACGGGCAAUGUCCCACCCGCCACCACCGCGGCCGCCGCUGCAACCAGUGUUCGGUCGCCGUUUGAGACGCUGUCACCAUCGAUGCGGGCGAAAGCAAGGACGCAAGAGUCGUUGAGGAUGGCGUUUUUCCGCACGAGCCAGGAUCCAGCGGACAACCCGCUGCUGCUACCGCGCGAACCCGUGCUGGCAGAUUACGGCUUCACCACAGCCUCCCCACUGGAUGCGCCACCCACGCGUGCACGGGGCUCAGUCGUGUCCUCCCCCUUUGACCCUGCCGUUGACUCGCCGCGCCGCCAGCAACAGCAACAGCAGCAGCAGCAGCAGCAACAGCAACAGCAACAGCGCGCUGCGUUUUCCGUGGGCAGCCCGUUUGCCAAGGCGCCCAGCCGCCCAAGCACAACUGCAGCUGAGACAGCAGCAGGGGCGGCGGCAUCGUCGUUGUCGCCGUUCACACCAGCAGCCGGCGGCAGCGGUGGCGAAGAGCGGUCGCGCACGCUGGCAGAGACACAGCUGCAGCGCAGCAUGGUGCAGGUGUCGCCAAAGCUCUCGUUCUUCCGUGGGGCAGGCAAGCUUGCCGUGGACGUCGACCCAACGACGACGCUGCUGUAUCACCUGCACAAGAACCGCGCAGCAGACCGCACCCACGCCGCGGGCACGAUUGCAGACGCAGCCAUGGCCAUGGGCAGCGCGUUCCGCGUCUCCUUUGGCGUUGCAGAUGUGGUGUCCAUCCCUGGCGUUUCUAAUGCCGGGGUUGCCAGCCAGGCGUCACCGGACCGCCAGCUGCGUGGCCUGCUGCCCACGUCGCGCUCACAGAAACGCAACGCAGCGCGGUUGGUGUCGCUCGGCCAGCUCUUCACCAUGCGGGAUGCCAACAAUCCCGAGCGCAGCGUGGGUGCCGGCGCCGACCUGCGUGCUGCUCUGGAACUUCCCAUUGCCGCCAUCGUUGACAAGAGCGAGGUGUCCCCCGCGCAGGUCACCCGUGAGCAGCCGGUCCCGCUCGUGCGCAUUGAGUCGACAGAGGCCGCGUCCCAGCGUGCACACGCCAUCUUCCUGUGCAAGAAGCUGCAGCGCGAGUUCCGUGAAGCCGGCACCAACCCGGCCAUCCCAGAGCAAGUCCGCGCCUCCCUGCACUACCAGAGCCAGGUGAUGUCGCUGCUUGAUGCGCUGUGGGGCCCGCCGCAGCUGUGGGGCAAGGCUGCUGCCGCGCCGGAGGAGAUCCAGCCACACCUCGCCUCCCACGACGACGAGUCGCAGGCGCACAGCGAGGCCGCCAUGUUACGACGAGACGUCAUCAUCCGCUGGUUCGAGAGCGUGUGCGAGAGCGACAUCAGCGUGGGCGACGUACCCGGGUUUCCAGCAGAGGAGACGCAGUACUUGAAGCAGCUGUUGGCACACAUCCACCGCCACGACCUCGCCGCAGCCGUCGACCUUGCCUGCCAGUUUAAGGACCACCGACUGGCGAUGCACCUGUCGCAGCUUGACGAGGGCCAGCGGUGCGCCCCGCUCCUGCGCGACCAGCUCGUGGACUGGGACGAGCGCGCCGCAUCAAACAGGAUCCACCCACUCAGGCGGCGCGUGUAUGCGUUGCUGGCCGGGUGCUCGACGUGGCCGGACACACCGCAUCGCCACGAAGGCAACCGCAUCUACACCCUCGAAGGCCUCACUUGGAAGCAGACGCUGACCACGUUUCUGACAUAUCUCGGGCCCUCAAGCCUCGGCGCCGUCCUGGAUACGUACGAGGAAGCGACGCGCGUGUGGCUGACGGACCAGAAGGGUGGGCGCGUGAUUGCCCGCCCGCCGGUGGUUGCGCACCAGUCCCACUGCGUGACGCUGUCAUCCCCGAACAUGCGCAUGUGGACACGCGACGCGCCCGAGAGCAGGGAGGCGACGCGGCCCGAGCGGCAAGACCUCCUGUACUGCCUGCUGCGACUCAAGGCGUACGGCGGCAAGGACCUCGCCGUGAAGGACCUGCUCAACCCGCUGCACCACACCGCGGACGAGCACGACUACCGCCUCAGCUGGCUGCUGUUUGUGCUGCUGCGCGCCCUGGGCGUGGUGGCGUCGUUCCCAACAGAGCGCCUGCUGCACGUCAACUUUGCGUCGCAGCUGGAGCAGAUGGGCUGCCUUUCCGCCGCACUCGCCGUGAUGCAGCACAUUGAUGACGACGCCACGCGGUCGCUGCUUGUGCGCCGGUUCAUCAUGCGCCACCACGAGCUGCAUGCCGCCACAGAUGCCGGCCUGCUUGCUCAGCUGCGCGUGUGCCCGGCCUGGUUUGCCGAGUCGGCCCUUGUUGCGCGCACUCAGCAGUACCACCGCGCACGCCAGACAGCGGCGACACCACGUGCGUCGACAGCCGCUGAUGGCACUGCCCGCCUGCCUGGCGCCGUGCUUGCCACGACGACGACGAAACUGCCGAGCGCGGACGCGGGCGCCGUUGCUGCUGCGCAGGAGCUGUUUGCGCUGUCACUUGACGCGGCGCUGCCGGACGUGGCCAUGCGCCUGAUCCGGGCCGAGCUACUGUCGCCGAUGGUGGUGCUCGGCCGCUUUGCGGACCUGCUCGCCCUCAUCCGCACGCUGCGGGAGAGGUUUCCAGGCCGCCUGACAGGCGCCCUUGAUGUGCAGCUGCACACCACCUCGGAUGCCAACAUCCUCAUGUUUGUGGAGGCGUGCCUGACGCACAUUGUUGCUGUGCGCGGUCUCGCUGGCGGUGGCUGGGGCAGUGUCGGCCCUUCGCCAGCCACGCUGUGCAGCACCGUGUCCAACCUGCCGUGCCGCCCCCAAGUCCGUACACCGUGCUUUGCCGACAGGCCCAAGAGCGUUGCCCCAGAGCCUGAUUCGCGCCUUCAUCGCCUUGACAAGCUGCGCAACCAGGUUCUUGCUGAACAACUGGCAUCGUGCGUGAACAAGAUGGGUGCCACUUGUGUGGAAGCGUGCACCGUGCUGGCGCAGUGCGAUGCGCUGUCCUCGCAGUCCCGCCUCAACACGCUCUCCACAUCCCUCAACGCCUUUGCCCUCGCCCUGUGACGUUGUUUGUGUGUGUGCCUGUGUGGUGUGAUGUGACAUGACAACCUGUGCGUGUACUUGUUUGCUGGUUGCUUGCCUGCCUGGUUGCUUGGCUUGCUUGUGGUUGUGCUGUGCCAACACCGCACAUCGAUGUAGAUUAAAUCAGCCUCAAAUCACAAGGCACGCACCACUCGCA